AUGGCGGUCACCACAAUGCAGACCACCAGUUCUCUUUACUACCUGCCUGUCCCCCCUUUUGAGUGGAGCUAUGUCCUGCUUUUCCAUCCCCUGGGGCUGGAGUCACCUUGUGGGCUCUAUGAACUGGAUGAGGACCCGAAACGCAAGGAGUUCCUGGAUGACCUCUUCGGCUUCAUGCAGAAGAGAGGGACACCUGUGAACCGCAUCCCCAUCAUGGCCAAGCAAGUGCUGGACCUGUACACGCUCUACCGGCUGGUGACAGACAAGGGUGGCCUGGUCGAAGUCAUCAACAAGAAGAUCUGGCAGGAGAUCACCAAGGGCCUCAACCUACCUACCUCCAUCACCAGCGCUGCCUUCACCCUCCGCACACAAUACAUGAAGUACCUGUACCCGUACGAAUGUGCAAAGCAGGCACUCAGCUCUCCCAGGGAGCUCCAAGCCGCCAUCGACAGCAACCGGCGGGAGGGACGGAGGCAGACUUUCGGUAUGGUGCUCUUCAACUACUCGCUGGCCGGCACCCCAACCCUGCUGGGCUCCCCCAAAAUGCCUUUGCCAGCUCUCAGCAUCUCCACGCAUAGCUGCAGCCAGCUUGGCCAAGUGCACGCCAUUAAGAAAGAGGACAGCAUGCUGGUGGCACCGGUGCUGGAGAGCAUUGCUGUCCCAGAGCAGCAGCAGCUGAUGCAACACGCGCUGCAGCACAACCUCCUGGCCAUGGCCUCCCAGUUCCCCAUGAACGUCAAGAUCUCCAACCGAGGUAAUGACAGACAGGAGACCGCAUUGAACCUGUCCACCAACAGCAUUAGCAGUAUCAACGUGUCAAUAGAAAUAAAUGGAGUUUUCUACACAGGCAUCCUCUUUGCCCGCCGGCCCCUGACCUCCCCAGCACCCAGUGAAAGGAGCACCCAGAACCGGCCAAACCCCAUGCCUGCCCUGAACUCACUGCUCCCAGACCCCUCACACAGCCACACUCCUGCCAGUGCCCCGCCGUAG